GAAGAAGCCGUCGUUCUCUCUCUCCCACGACGCCGCCGCCGCCGUCGCCGCCCGACCAAGCCCUAGCGAACGCAGCACACCGGCGCGAGAGAUCGACCAUGGCCGUGGAGACGGCGACGCAGAAGAUCCGGUGGGGGGAGCUUGAGGAGGACGACGAGGGGGACCUCGACUUCCUGCUCCCGCCGCGGGUGGUCCUCGGGCCCGACGAGAAUGGCUUCAAGAAGGUGGUCGAAUAUCGCUUCGACGACAAGGGCUGCAAGGUCAAGGUCACCACCACCACCCGCGUCCGCAAGCUCGCGCGCGCCCGCCUCUCCAAGAGCGCCAUCGAGCGCCGCUCCUGGCCCAAGUUCGGCGACGCCGUUCACGAGGACGUCGGCGCCCGCCUCACCAUGGUCUCCACCGAGGAGAUCGUUCUUGAGCGACCCCGCGCUCCAGGGAGCAAAGCUGAAGAACCAAGUGCUUCAGGUGAUCCACUGGCAAGUAAGAGUGGUGCAGUUCUCAUGGUUUGCAGAACCUGUGGGAAGAAGGGUGACCACUGGACCUCAAAGUGCCCCUACAAGGACCUUGCUCCCCAGGCAGAAGCUUUUGUGGACAGGCCUCCUACUGCCGAUGGUCCUGGACCAGCAGGUGGCGCCAUUAAGGGAGCAUAUGUACCUCCAAGCAUGAGGUCUGGUGCUGGUGCUGCCGAUAGGGUUGGACACGAUAUGAGGCGUAGGAAUGAUGAGAACUCCGUCCGUGUGACCAAUCUAUCAGAGGACACCCGUGAGCCUGACCUACUUGAGCUAUUCCGCACAUUUGGCCCGGUUAGUCGUGUCUAUGUUGCGGUUGAUCAGAAGACUGGAGCAAGCAGGGGGUUCGGCUUUGUCAACUUUGUUCACAGGGAGGACGCUGAGAAGGCUAUCAGCAAGCUCAAUGGGUAUGGUUAUGAUAACCUUAUCCUUCGUGUUGAGUGGGCAACACCAAGGCCAAAUUAAUUUUGUUACUGCUCACGAGCCUUUACAUACUUUCCAUGAAUGUUGUUGGAUCAGCAUGUCUCUUGAAAUAGUGUACUUUUGGUUUGCUUAUACCCUGUGUCCUGAACAUGAGCUUUAUUAUUUUUUGCUUGGACGAGAAGAACUCAGCUAAGCUAAUCUUUACAUUUGUGUAUUUGUAUGGAUGUGCGAGAUUUCAUUAUGUGCACUGGAGCUUUUCUUAAAAUUUGGCUGGUUGUCGCUCA